CUAGAAAUGUUCAGAUGUUUCUUAAAUGCAGCAUUAAAUGAGACUGAGAGCAGACAUGUUGAGGGAAAUGUGCAUCAGUGUGAUCUCUGCUGAUGUUGGUUCUGUCCCAGUGAUUCCAUUCUAGGGAAUGUUAACUGUCAGGGAUUUACAGCCUGAUGGAAGCUUCUGGUUUCAUGAAGCACAGGGUUUGUACAAGUUGUGUUGGAUGUUGAGGGACAUGAAAAAGGUUGAAUGUUGAACUAAUCGGUCACAUGAAAUGAGUGGGAAUCAGCCUGUAGAAUGUGCUCUUAUUGUGAAAGUCUGCCUGCUGCUUCCUCAAAGGUGGAGUCCUGACUGGUUCCAGUCAACAGAUCAGAUGUCUGAGCAUCCAGGAGUGGACUGGAAACUUUCUUCUUCUUCUUCAGCGCUUUGAAUAAAGUGUGAAGGUAGAAAGUGUGUGUGAGCUGCUGUGAGUUGAGCAUCAUGGAUGAGUGUGAGGACAGAGAGGAGGGAGUCCCUCCCUCUCAAAGCUCUCUGUGUGGGGAACAGGAGAACCAGAGCAAAGCUCAGAGGAAUCCACCUGGACCUGGACCUGGACCUGGACCUGGAUGUCCACCUCCACCUCCAUCCAGCUGUGUGUCCUUAAAGAGUGACCGGUCUAAGCAUCAAUCUAUUGACUUUAAAGGAGAACAAGGUCCUGAAGUAAGAGGAAAGAAGAAACGAAGAAAAAAGAAGAAAAUCCAUCAGAGACCAGAGUCCUCUGGACCUGAACCUGGACCGAGAUCCAGCUGUGUGUCCUUCCAGAGUGACCGGUCUAAGGAUCAUCCUAUUCAUUUUAAAGGAGAACCAGGUCCUGCUGCAGAGAGAGUGGAGCAGCAGAACUCAGAGGUUCCCAGAGCUCAGUCUGUCCAGCAGCCUCACCUGGACUCCAUAUUCAUGCUGCUGGAGGACAACAUGGUGACUUUUGUGAAGAAGGAGCUGAAGAAGAUGCAGAAGCUUGUGAGACCAGAUUACCCAGAAUGCUCCUCAGAGAGUCAGAGGGAGGAUGAGGAGGAGUUGGAGGGUGAUGAUGAAGAUGAGAGGAGCAGCAGAGAGAUGUUUCAGCAGAUCACAGUGUUGUUCCUGAGGAGGAUGAAGCAGGAGAAGCUGGCUGACUGUCUGCAGAGCAAACUUCCUGCAGUUUGCAGACGUGAACUUAAAUCUUCUCUGAAGAAGAAGUUCCAGAGAGUUUUUGAGGGCAUCGCUAAGGCAGGACAGCCGACCCUCCUGAAUGAGAUCUACACAGAGCUGUACAUCACAGAGGGAGGAACUGCAGAGGUCAAUGAUGAACAUGAGGUCAGACAGAUUGAAGCAGCAUCCAGGAAAGCAGACAGAGCAGAAACAAUCAUCAGAGCAGAAGACAUCCUUAAAGGCUCACCUGGAAGAGAUGGACCAAUCAGAACAGUGAUGACAAAGGGAGUGGCUGGCAUCGGGAAAACAGUGUUAACACAGAAGUUGACUCUGGACUGGGCUGAAGACAAAAGCAACCUGGAUAUCCACUUCAUGUUUCCACUGACUUUCAGAGAGCUGAAUGUGGUGAAAGAGAGAAAGUUCAGCUUAAUGGAACUUGUUCAUCACUUCUUCAGUGAAACCAAAGCAGCAGAAAUGUGCAGCUUUGAACACUUCCAGGUUGUGUUGAUCUUUGACGGUCUGGAUGAGUGUCGCCUUCCUCUGGACUUCCACAACAAUGAGGUCCUGACUGAUGUUAGAGAGUCCGCUUCAGUGGAUGUGCUGCUGACAAACCUGAUCAGGGGGAAUCUGCUUCCCUCUGCUCGCCUCUGGAUAACCACACGACCUGCAGCAGCCAAUCAGAUCCCUCCUGACUGUGUGGAAAUGGUGACGGAGGUCAGAGGGUUCACCGACCCACAGAAGGAGGAGUACUUCAAGAAGAGAUUCAGAGAUAAGAGGAAGGCCAGCAGGAUCAUCUCCCACAUGAAGAAGUCACGAAGCCUCCACAUCAUGUGCCACAUCCCAGUGUUCUGCUGGAUCACUGCUACAGUUGUGGAGGAGCUGCUGAGAAGCAGAGAGGGAGGAGAUCUGCCCAGAACCCUGACUGAGAUGUUCAUCCACCACCUGGUGGUUCAGGCCAAAGUCAAGAAGGUCAAGUAUGAUGGAGGAGCUGAGACAGAUCCACACUGGAGUCCAGACAGCAGGAGGAUGAUUGAGUCUCUGGGCAAACUGGCUUUUAAUCAGCUGCAGAGAGGAAAUCUGAUCUUCUAUGAGUCCGACCUGACAGAGUGUGGCAUCGAUGUGGAAGCAGCCUCAGUGUACUCAGGAGUGUUCACACAGGUCUUUAAAGAGGAGAGAGGGCUGUACCAGGACAAGGUGUUCUGCUUCGUCCAUCUGAGCGUUCAGGAGUUUCUGGCUGCUCUUCAUGUCCAUCAGACCUUCAUCAAGUCUGGAAUCAACCUGUUGGAGAAACAACAACAAACAACAUCCUGGUGGUCUGAAAUGCUCCAAAGUAAAUCAGCACGUUUUUACCAGACAGCUGUAGAUGAGGCCUUACAGAGUCCAAACGGACACCUGGACUUGUUCCUGCGCUUCUUCCUGGGUCUGUCCCUGCCGACCAAUCAGAAUCUGCUACGAGGCCUGCUGACACAGACAGGAAGUAGCUCACAGACCAAUCAGAAAACAGUGGAGUACAUCAAGGAGAAGAUCAGUGAGAAUGUGUCUGUUGAGAGAAGCAUCAAUCUGUUCCACUGUCUGAAUGAACUGAAGGAUGUUUCUUUAUUGGAGGAGAUCCAACAGUCCCUGAGAUCAGGACGUUUGUCCACAGAUGAACUGUCUCCUGCUCAGUGGUCAGCUCUGGUCUUCAUCUUACUGUCAUCAGGAGAAGAUCUGGACAUGUUUGACCUGAAGAAAUACUCUGCUUCAGAGGAGGCUCUUCUGAGGCUGCUGCCAGUGGUCAAAGCCUCCACUAAAGUUGUACUGAGUGGCUGUAAUCUGUCAGAGAGAAGCUGUGGAGCUCUGUCCUCAGUCCUCAGCUCCCAGUCCUCCAGUGUGACAGAGCUGGACCUGAGUAACAAUAACCUGCAGGAUGCAGGAGUGGAGAGUCUUUCUGCUGGACUGGAGAGUCCACACUGUAAACUGGAAGCUCUCAGACUUAAUAACUGUAAUCUGUCAGAGAGAAGCUGUGGAGCUCUGUCCUCAGUCCUCAGCUCCCAGUCCUCCAGUGUGACAGAGCUGGACCUGACUAACAACAACCUGCAGGAUUCAGGAGUGGAGAGUCUUUCUGCUGGACUGGAGAGUCCACACUGUAAACUGGAAGCUCUCAGACUGAGUGGCUGUAAUCUGUCAGAGAGAAGCUGUGGAGCUCUGUCCUCAGUCCUCAGCUCCCAGUCCUCCAGUGUGACAGAGCUGGACCUGACUAACAACAACCUGCAGGAUUCAGGAGUGGAGAGUCUUUCUGCUGGACUGGAGAGUCCACACUGUAAACUGGAAGCUCUCAGACUUAAUAACUGUAAUCUGUCAGAGAGAAGCUGUGGAGCUCUGUCCUCAGUCCUCAGCUCCCAGUCCUCCAGUGUGACAGAGCUGGACCUGACUAACAACAACCUGCAGGAUUCAGGAGUGGAGAGUCUUUCUGCUGGACUGGAGAGUCCACACUGUAAACUGGAAGCUCUCAGACUGAGUGGCUGUAAUCUGUCAGAGAGAAGCUGUGGAGCUCUGUCCUCAGUCCUCAGCUCCCAGUCCUCCAGUGUGACAGAGCUGGACCUGAGUGAUAACAACCUGCAGGAUUCAGGAGUGGAGAGUCUUUCUGCUGGACUGGAGAGUCCACACUGUAAACUGGAAGUUCUCAGACUGAAUAACUGUAAUCUGUCAGAGAGAAGCUGUGGAGCUCUGUCCUCAGUCCUCAGCUCCCAGUCCUCCAGUGUGACAGAGCUGGACCUGAGUAACAACAACCUGCAGGAUUCAGGAGUGGAGAGUCUUUCUGCUGGACUGGAGAGUCCACACUGUAAACUGGAAGCUCUCAGACUGAGUGGUUGUAAUCUGUCAGAGAGAAGCUGUGGAGCUCUGUCCUCAGUCCUCAGCUCCCAGUCCUCCAGUGUGACAGAGCUGGACCUGACUAACAACAACCUGCAGGAUUCAGGAAUGGAGAGUCUUUCUGCUGGACUGGAGAGUCCACACUGUAAACUGGAGGCUCUCAGACUGAGUGACUGUAAUCUGUCAGAGAGAAGCUGUGGAGCUCUGUCCUCAGUCCUCAGCUCCCAGUCCUCCAGUGUGACAGAGCUGGACCUGACUCACAACAACCUGCAGGAUUCAGGAGUGGAGAGUCUUUCUGCUGGACUGGAGAGUCCACACUGUAAACUGGAAGCUCUCAGGCUGUCAGGCUGUCUGGUCACAAAGGAAGGCUGUGCUUCUCUGGCUUCAGCUCUGAGCUUGAAGACCUCAAAUCUGAGAGAGCUGGACCUGAGCUACAACCAUCCAGGAGACUCAGGAGAGAAGAUGCUGAGAGCUAAAGUGGAUGAUCCACACUGUAGACUGGAAACUCUCAGGGUGACGCCUGCUGGAGUCCGAUGGUUGACACCAGGUCUGAGGAAGUAUUCCUGUCAACUCACAGUCGACAGAAACACAGUAAACGGAAACCUCAAACUGUCUGACAACAACAGGAAGGUGACAUGUGUGAAGAAGGUUCAGUCGUGUCUUUAUCAUCCAGCCAGGUUUGACUACUGGCCUCAGCUGCUGUGUAGAACUGGUCUGACUGGUCGCUGUUACUGGGAGGUGAAGUGGAGGGGAGAGGUUUAUAUAUCAGUGAGUUACAGAGGAAUCAGAAGGAAAGGAGACAGUGAUGACUGUAGGUUUGGAUGGAAUCAUCAGUCCUGGAGUCUGAGCUGCUCUGAUUAUGAUGAUAAUGGUUACUCUGUCUGGCACAAUAACAGUCAAACAUGCAUCAGGUCAUCUUCAGACUCUCACAGAGUUUCAGUUUAUGUGGACGUUCCUGCUGGAACUCUGUCCUUCUACAGAGUCUCCUCUGACUCUCUGAUCCACCUCCACACCUUCAACACCACAUUCACUGAAACUCUCUAUCCUGGAUUUGGGUUCUACUGGUCCAGGUCUGGUUCCUCAGUGUCUCUGUGCUGAGUUGAGUCUCCAGAGUCUCCUCCUGGUAGAGAAACAGUGUUGAACAGAUAGUUGAGUCUCUCCAUGACUCUGUCCCUCACAAACAUGUUUUCACAUUCAUGGAUUAAAUGUGUUUCUUUGUCAAAUCCUUCUAAAUGAUUCCUUGUAAACUUGUUCCUCUUCAAAGAUGGAAGUUGUGAUUAUUCCAGGAGCCAAAUGUGGUGUUUGCGUCUUUUUCCAGCCAAAUGUUGAGAGUGAAAAUCAGGAUGUGGUGUUCCUCUGACACUCACUUGAACUAAAAGCAUUUGAGCUGCACAAAGUGUGAAAUGAGAGAGGAAGCAGUGAAUCUCCAAACUGCUGACAGACUUUCACACAUUAUUGUCCAGUGAAAAUCAGCUUUUUGUGCAGCCACACUUGAUCCUGAUGUGAGUCUUUAAGUCCUGUUCUAGUGAUGAAAUGAGAACUUCCUUCAUCUGUAUCACUCUUUUCAAAGUAUUCUGUGCUCUUCUGUCAUUUAUGUCUUAUUGAUAGAUCCAUUUUUCAUUUUUACAAUAAAUAAGUGGUUCAGUGUUUUUUCAUAAGUUUUUUUAAUAAGAUUCUGAAUUUCUGCACUCAAAAAAGUGAACUCUGUGAGAUGUUGAGUUAAAUAAAUGCACCUAUGUUUAAUUUAA